ACUCGCCGCUGUUCGCUCUGUAGGGUUGCGCACCUCUUUUGGAUUCGUUCCUUCUCGAUCUCUGCAUGUGUGGCUGUUUUUCUCGCGUCAAAUGUCUCCAAUUUUGGCAAAGAAGGCGCCUUUCUGCGAAGCUUCCUACUCAGCAAAGUGGGCAGAAUCGUCGUUCGCCCCUGCGGUGUCUCGGCACCCGCCCAUCGCCGCGUCCCGUCUUUCCCUAUUUUUUCGAUCUUUUGCUGUCUCGCCUACGGUUUAAAAGCUUCUUUUCUUGUGGGCUUUCUUCUCCUUCCCUUUCCUUGCAUGCCUCAAGGUGUGAGCUCGCGGCGACGGCCAGAAAGCCGGAACUUGGGCGCCUUCUUGGCGCCUCGCCGCCCGCGCGCGCGCCCCUGCGCUUUCCUGUCUGUGUCGCGCAACUUCUUUUCCGGAAAAAAGACUUUUCUCGGCGGCAGCCUUUCGAAGAAACUCCGCCGCGCGGAUUUUCCUUCUGGGCUUUCAAAAAGGACGCAAACCGAACUCGGUUUUGUACCCUUGUUGCCGCUGUCUCUUGAUAUCCUCGUUUUCUCGCCCAGCGCCGGUCUGCAAACGGCGAGCAAGUUGUUUUCCCUUCUCUUUUUUCCCUCUGCCACCAGUCGACGACGACCAACGUGAAAGGCUUGUGUGGCGGUGCAGCCCCUCUCCUCUGUGUUUUGUCUUUUCUGCGAAGUCACGCGAGAAAAAGACGGCAAGGAGCUGCAAGUCCCGGACUCCUUUUUCCCGCGGUCACUCAAAAACUGUCCGGAAAACGGGGGGUUCCUCAGCGGAAAAACUGUUGCGGACCCGACAACCGAGUCCUGGAAAGUGACCUUUCUGCGGAAAGCCUUUUUCUCCUCCCCUUUUCGGUUCUUCUUCUCGACGCCUCGUCUCCCCUUCCUAUUUGAAAAGCUGGAAGUUCAAACGGGUCGGGGUCGAGAGCCGCCCUCCACAGCUUCUGUUCACAGCGCAGUUCCUGCGAACGACGAAGAAAAACCUGCAUUGAAGACACCAUGGAGCUCGAUGCAGCGCACUAGGCUUUUCUCUGUUCAUUUAGAGUCUCUGUGAAUUCAUGCAUGUGCCUCUGUGCUCAUCUCCUACUAGAGGCUCAGGCUCUUCUUCCCCCGGUGUCCCUGCAUUUGGGGUCUCUGUCGAAGUAACGCCCCUGUUGCGUUUCUGUUUUCGCUGUCGACCUGUGUCGCUGUCGAAUGUUUUAGGGUGUCUCCAUCAGUCUCUGGGGCAACAAAGACAGUGCACAGAUCAAUAGGCGCUUCUGCCUCUCUGAAACGGACAUCGUCAGAGGGGAAAUCCUUCUCGAAGUCGUCCUUUUCUCUCGGGGAAGGUCUCCUGCCUCUACCCCCCAAGAAUUGCCUUUCUGUCUUGCUCUCCAGCAGGCUGCUGUCGGUGUCUUAUCUUUCAUGUAGAUUUUCCUCCUGAGUUUUCAGCAGAGAUCUUCUCUCUCGGGCGCUUCAAACCCCCUCGACACUCGGAGACGAACGCCCUGCUCUCUCGGCAGCCAACAUGCCUGCUUCCUCUUUCAGAGCCUUUCUCCCCAGUGUCAACUCUGGGUGUAUGCCCUCUGCUCUGUCUCUUCUCGACCAGUCUUGACACUGUCUUUUUCUUUUGCUUUCCUGUUUUUUCGCCUUCCUGUUGACUGCUCCAGAGAGAGAAAGCGCUUGACAGAGGCUGUCGGGAGCACGAGACCUUCGCAAGACACCCCUCUGCGCGCAUGCGUUGCCUCGGACUCUCUGAACUGUUUCCGUAGACAGAAGGUCGUAUGGCCUCGACAGCGUCUUCGCUUAUGGAGAGAUCGCCUCUGGGUCUCGACUGCUGUCUCGACCGACGCUGGAGUUGCCUGGCGUUCCGUCGCCUCGCGCGGGAGUGUGUGUCAGCGUCACCCACGGGGAAGAGGAAGGGUGAAGCGACAGCGAUAUUCAUCUCUGCUUUCCAGAUAGACUUUCUCCUCGUCCUGGAGAACAUCUGUGUUGAAGAGUGCUCUCUCUUCUCUCUGUAGAGCAUCUCUCGAACGGUUUUCCCUCUCUCCACGCUUCUGCCUGCCGCGCGCGAACCGUGUGUCUCGUUCUCUCUCUUCUUUCGUCGCUUUCUUCCUCGCUCUUUUUCCUCGCUCUUUUCCUCGCCUUCUUCCUCGCUCUUUUCCUCGCUUUCUUCCUCGCUCUUUUCCUCGCUUCCCCGUUGUCUCGAGUAAAAGAUGUCUCGACCAUUCGCUUUCUCCUUCGACCUCUCUCGCGAGUUGUGAAACGCGAAGACCAAGGAGUUUCGCGGGAGUCCCCGGAACGCCUUUCUGACUUCUGUCUCUGGUCUGCACGCUCUGUCCUCUUGUCUCUCUGUGACUCCUUUCGGUCCAGCCCCGCAGUGUCCCACAGGGCGACGGCUCUUCUUAGAAAUGGCGAGUUUGCCUGCGAGUGACGGCCGCGAGGAGGAGGCACUCGCGGCUCUCCGCCGGGUGCUGCAUGCGUGGACUGGCCCCGAAGGCGAGGCCGGGCGCGAGGCUCGUCUCCUCAAGAACGCUGCUUUCCUCGAGUCUCUUCAGCAACUUGUGUCUCAACUCGCCUGUCUUCACGGCGCCGCAGACAGAGUAGGCGCUGACGGGGCCUUCUUCGCUGACCGCGAGGAACGCCGGGAGACGGAAGGCGGCUCGGGUGUCUCUUUUUCGGACGCGAGAGUCGCGCUGAACGACCUCUUGAGCUCCAACUUGCCCCUCUCCGUGGUCGAGUCUCACGCCUUGGUCCAGGACCUUCUGCGCCGGCAGCAGGCGGGCACCGGAGCCGUCUCUGCGCCCAAACGCGAGGCGGCAUGCUUCCCCCUGGGCCGGAGCGAGGGAGAACAGGGAGGCGUCUUCGGUCUCGGCUCGGCGUCCCUGGAGGCGCCGGCCGCGCCGCCGCUGCUUCUCCCGCUGCCAGGUUCGCUCCUCGUCUCCUCGCCCUCUGCGCGAUACUGCCCCAAGAGGCCGCGGCACUCGCAACCAGUUACCUCUCCCUCAGUCGAUGCCGCGUUUCUUCGGUCGAUUCUUGCGGGUGAUCAGCAGGCUCUGAGUCUCCAUUCGGAGUCGCGGAGCGCGCAACGCGGCGGCGCAGGCGCGACGUUGAAUGGAGGCGAGCCCGACGGCGACGAAGCUCUGAAACGCGACCAGUGCGAGCGAUGGAAGGCGCAUGUCGGGGGGCUCUUCAUUCCCUUUUUCGACGCCGACGACGAAUAUCGAGACGACUACGACCCAGGCUAUCGCAUUUUGGAUUUGGCCGAGGCGCAUUACAUCCACGACUGUCACACAUUCCGGCAGAACCCAGUGGACUUGGUGGGCGGCUUGUCUGCUUGCAGUCGCCGACCGCGGCUGUCUGCUCACCUGGAGCGAAUCUACUCGCGUCGGAGCGCCGCCACUGUCCGAGGCUCGCGCUCUGUCACCGAAGACCGCGGCGACAAGAGCGAGGAGCGCGGUCCGAAGGCAGAGUCGGAGUUGGGUCCCCGGGGGCAGGACUCGCCGCGGUUCGGCGCCUGGGGCUCCGGGGCGCGGCGCGAGACGGCGGCGUUUGCCGGCGGGCCAGGAACCGGCGGAACGGGGGGAGGCCGGUCGUCUCCGUCCUUUGGCUUUCACGGAGGAGACGAGUCCCGCGCAGGCGGACCUCCGGACGAGGCGCACAUGUUUGAGUUUUCUCUUGACGACGAGGGGGACCGGGACGCGACGGCGGAGAUGGAGAACAAGGAGAGCAGCCGGGAGUCGCGGGCAGUGUCUCUGGAGGACGAGUUGGCGGACUGCACUGUGCAGGUUUCUUCGCGUUUUUCCGGCUCCAAAGCGCCGCUUCCUCCUGUGCCGGGAGCCGCGCGUCUGGACUCGAAGAACGACGGGGCGUCAUCCUCCGCGAAGCCUGGAGGCGAGUCUGCGCCUGCGGAGCCGUUCUCGCCUGUGCAGGGCGACGACCCGGGGGCUUCUGGGAGAGUGGAAGUCUCUGUAGGCGCGCCUGGGGACUUCAGCACUUUGUCGGCUGCGGAAGAGGACCAGCUCGCGGCUUACGAGCGGGAAAUGAAGCUCUGUGAGGCAUGGCGAGAGCGGUACUGCAACGGAGACCCGGGAGCCUUUCGAGCUCGCCAACAAGCCAUGCGUUCUGCAUGCAUCCUCUCCUUCGAGGGCUCUAAGGACUCAGAGGCGCAGCCGCAGGGUGGCCGACUCGGUCCUGUCCUCCGGCCGCUGUACCCUAAGAGCGACGACGCCUUCUACCCCGUGCGGAUCCAGCCGAGCUCGCAGCGGAGCUCUCUUCGAGAGCCGCGAGGGACAGCGAGAGGAAGCGAAGAAACAGAAGAGCGACUGGAGGAGACAGACGACAGUGGGGCCGAGAGCGGACCCGGGGGCAAGGCCGCGGCGGCGCGGACUCGGCCUGCGGGCACUGGGCGGGGCGAGGACGCGAGUGAGGCGAGGCCCACUCACGGAGAAGCGAAACGCGGACAGGAACACAGUUCGCUUCCGAGACAGCCACAACAGGGACGAGGAACAACCGCGCCUGCAGUCAUCUAUGACUGCUUCCACCUCAAAGUCGUCUUCGAGCGAGGACGCACCGGAUUCGAAGACCACAGGGAACUCGUUCUGCCGCCCGGAACGCUUCUCGCGGGCCGAUACGAGGUCGAAAAAGAAGUGGGCCGGGCUGCUUUCUCGCGUUGUCUACGCUGUAUCGAUACCGUGACGAACAAACAGGUGUGCCUGAAGGUGAUUCGCAAUGAGAAGGAGUACAUGGAUCAGUCGUUGGACGAGGUGAAGACUUUGCGUUUUUUGAGUGCGAACGGAGACCCAGACGCGCUGCAUUUUCUGCGUUUGUGUGAUUUCUUUUACCACCGCGAGCACUUGGUGUUGGUCACCGAGUUGCUAUCGCAAAAUCUCUAUGAGUUCUCUUCCUUUUUUCGGAAGAAUCACUUGCCGUCGUUCUGGACGGUGGGGAAGAUCCAGCGGAUCGCGCGCGAGCUGCUCGUCGCCCUGCGCUUUGUCCACUCUCUGAACGUCGUCCACUGCGACUUGAAGCCGGAGAACAUUCUCUUGCGGCCUCAAGCCAUCACAGACACGCGGUUCUACAAGUGCCUCUCUCAGCAGCAGCCGAGCGCGAUCGUCGCCGAGGUUUUCGCGAACUGUGGGCGCAGGAACUCUGCAGACGGGCGAGUGGCUGCGGACGCGGCAGAUCGCGACGCUUCCGCGAGAAAGAGAAACGGAGUUUCUGCCUCGUCAGGGAGCGAUGUGUCACCCUUCUCCCUCCAGCUGCCUUGCACCCAGUUCGGGACUUCGCUGUCGCCGCAGAAGGACGCGCCCUGCGCCGCGUCGCUGCAUGCGCCUGUGUCGGUGAAGCUCAUCGACUUUGGGAACAGCUGCUUGACGUCAGAUCCCUUGAUCACCUACGUGCAGUCUCGGAGUUACCGCGCGCCAGAGGUCCUCCUGGAGUUGCCGUAUGACACAAAGAUCGACAUCUGGUCUCUCGGCUGCGUGCUCUUUGAGCUGUGGACGAGCGUCGUAUUGUUCAUGAACGACUCUGUACACUCGCUGCUGGCGCGGAUCGUUGGCAUCAUUGGCCAGAUCCCGUGGUACAUGGUGGAGAAGAGUCCGAAGAAGGAGGAGCUGUUCGACAGCGACGGAUUCCUGUACGUGGUGUUGCCUUCGGAGAACAGCGAGUGGAAGGGAGAUUCGAAGGGGAAGGGUACGCGCAGUCACGAAGAGGAGAAGGAGGGCCGCAGGGACGAGGGCGAGCGCGAAGGGAAGCGAGAGUCGCAGGGACGCAUGCUCCGCUUCCUGCUGCCGAAACGCACGAGUCUCCGCCAGCGGAUGCGUGCCACAGACGAAGUCUUUAUCGAUUUUCUGGAAAAAAUGCUCAUCAUCGACCCCGCUCAACGGUGGGAUGCAAAUCGACUGCUCACUCACCCUUUCCUCGACCAACACCGAUAUCCAGAUGGCCUCUAGAUGCAGAAAGAGAGCCGAGGAAGACGGGGACGGGUGGGGUAGAACCGAGACCGUUCCCAGGUUCAGGUGGAAGGAGAAAUGGUGGGGGAGUCUCUCUCUAUAUACGAAGGUCUCAAAACGCGCCUGAGGGGACCCCUGGAAAAGCAGGACCAAGGUUUGAGUUCCGUCGCGGACAGGUGUGUGCAUUUUGGAAGUUUUUUCGCAUGCAUGCGCGAGAGGGGGGUCGUCGGUGUCCACCUCCUUGUAGAAGAACUUACUGCAUGUAACAAAGAACUUACUAGGUGGUGUGGCUCUACGCACACACCCUAUACAUGUUUACCUUUGCACGAUCAACUCGUGAAAUGCAUGUUUUAGACAUAAAACUCGAUUUGAAAGGUGCCGGCCCGCGCAUGAAGAGCGAGAAGCGAUCGACUCGGUGUUUGGCUCCGCGCCACCUCCCCGGGGCCCUCAAGAGGCACUGGAGAUGCCGCUCACGCGUGUCGAGCGUCGAGUUGUAUGUCGUUGGUGUCGUUUUGCUUGUCGGACCUGUUUCCGCGUUGUUUCCUUUCUUUGCCGGCACCCAGGCGCCCGAGUACAGACGGUGGUUGAUCUUUUUUGUCUUCUCUGUUUUUUCGGGAAAACCUGCAAAGAGCACGUGCCUGACAGGCGCAGAAACAAAGAGUUCAGCCGACGGCCUCACCUACGCUGGAGCUUUUUAUCUGCCACGGAACGAAGCACAAACCUCGCGCGGAAGUGCGGGUGGAAAAGCCGCGGGGUUUGUACCCGCGUUUGUUUUUUUCAUGUUUGCUUCGAAACGACUGUCGCAACGGGGCCAGAAAUCGCACUCUCACUCGGCUCUACAGCGUUGGUCACAUUCCACAAAGGGGUGGACGAAUCAGCCGCAAGCGUCCAGUCCUUUUGGAAACUCUAACGGGAAAAUUUGUCUCAAGUCGCC